AAAACAAUCCAAUACAAAUGUCCCACCAAACAUCAAAGCCCAGAAAAAAGUGAUAAACUGUUAUUAUGUAUAUCUGCAACUUCACCACCCACCACCACCGGUCCACCACCACCACCACCAUCUUAUGGGGUUUCCCUCCAAAAUUUCUUCCCCAUUGUCUCACAGCCUGCGCGGCUCAAACAAUCUUUUUUCCCUUUAGUCAAAAGUUCCAAUGGGUCCCCAAACCCACAAUUGCCCUUUGCUUUUUUCUUUAAUCAUUUUAAUCCCCCUCCCCAUUCCUGGCCUAACUUCUUCAACUCAUCAACUUACGCGAAAAUGACAAAAACAAAUCCGACCGAACUCACGAUUUCACUUGCCUUAAAUACGUACGUAUGACUUCUUCUCUCUCAUUUCUCAUAGUGCUAAAUGUAAACAUUUUACACUUUUUUCAGCACUAAUUUAAUACGCUACAAAGUCCAUCUAUCAUAAACUAAUCAAACACUUGAUUAUCCAACUGUAAAGCAAAGUGGUGGUACUACUAAAUGUGUAUGUGUAAUAAACGGACCGAGUAAAACGCUAAAAACUCCUUUCAUCAUCCCAGACAUUUCUGAUUUCUGCCAUUUCCACAGUAUUCUUCUAGCAUUUCUUUAAGAUAUCCCAUGAACCAUUUUCGUCGAGAACCUUGAAGCAAACAUCAUAAUGCCUUCAAGACUGCUCCUUUCCUCAGAUUCAAGGCCUAAUAGUAAACCCACUGUUGUUUUUCUUGCAAUCACAAUCUCUGCUUCUCUAAUCAUUUUCUUUGCCAUUCUGUAUUUUGUGUACUAUUUGUGGUACUCAUUAGUCCACCGUUCCCGGACUAGCCCAUUUGAUUCCGCAACUUCACUUGUAAAGCUGCAAAGGUUCACAUACAGAGAGCUCAAGUCAGCCACCAAUGGGUUCAGUGAAUCAAAUUUAAUUGGUAAAGGAGGGUCAGGGACUGUUUACAGAGGAAGUCUUAAAGAUGGGAAAAUGGUAGCUGUGAAGCUUCUUGAUUCAGUUUCUUUGCAGAGCGAAAGGGAGUUCCAGAAUGAACUGCAAGUUCUUGGUGGGUUAAGAUCACCUCUUAUUGUUAAUCUCUUGGGUUAUUGUGUAGAGAAAAAUAAGAGACUUGUUGUUUAUGAGUACAUGCCUAAUCGUAGUUUGCAAGAAUCUUUAUUUUCUGAGUCUAAUUUGAGUUUGAACUGGGCUAGGAGGUUUGAUAUCAUCUCUGAUGUUGCUAAGGCUUUGUCCUUUUUGCAUCUUGAAUGUGAUCCUCCUGUAAUUCAUGGUGAUGUGAAGCCUAGUAAUGUAUUGCUUGAUUCAGAGUACAGAGCUAAACUUUCUGAUUUUGGGUUGUCAAGAUUGAAACUUGAGGUUGAUUUUGGGGCUGAUUUGUUUAGUCAGGACUUGGGGAAGAGUCAAGAAUUGUGGAAAAGUCAGGAACUUUCUGGGAAUUUAGGUACCGGGGGUGGUGGAACUGAUACACCUGUAAUCAAUACUCCUGUUGAGAGUCAGGAUGAAGUUGAUUUUGCUUUGGCUUUACAAGCGUCUUCUUCAAGAAACAGUAAAGUAUCACACACUGUGAAAAAUUUUGGUUUUGCUUCUUUGAGUUACAAUGAUGAUGAUGAUGAUGAUGUUCUGAAUGAAAAUGGUUCUAAGAAAGCAAAUGGUAAGGGGAAGGAAAUCUCAACCACCGAAAAUGGUGGAGAGAAUUGGAACAAGAUUACAAAUCAGGAGGAUGAGCCGAAGAGAGUAGAAUCUAGUCAGUUAAACUUGAAUCUGAAUGCUGGUUCAGCUGGUGAUGAUAAGGUUAUCGGUGUAAAACAAUGGGGGAAAGAUUGGUGGUGGAUGCAGGAUGGUAGUGGUGAAUUGUGUAGUAAGGACUAUGUGAUGGAGUGGAUUGGGAGCCAAAUUUGUGAGUCUACAACUCCUGAUUGGGAUGAGGAAAAGAAAUGCUUUCCUGAUGAAAAUGUCUUGGGUAAUGCAAUACAGCCUAAUAUGGUUGCAGAAAAAUUGGGGAAUAAGUCACAAGAAGCUGGAUUUGGCUAUCCCGGCAAAGAGCUUGAGGCAGAAGGAUCUAACCAGUGGACAACACAGAACAAGAAUCAUAAAAAGAUGCAAGAUUGGUGGAGAGAAGAGCAUCUUGAUGUACAUAGCAAGAAGAAAGCUAAGGUCUUCAAGGUUGGUAUUAAGGGGAAAAAUGCCUUCAAAGCUCUACAUUUUGGUUUAGGUAAACGCCUUUGCUUCAAGACGCGAAAGAGGCAGCAGAUAAGUGAUGUAGACAAUGAUCAAGGUGAAUUCAGCUUUAGAAAAGGCUGGAAGAAGAAGAAUGCCCGUUCAGUUAAUAGUGAAAUGUGGAGUGGUGAUCUUUUCAGCAGGGAGUUAAGCAGCACAACCAGCAUGAGGGGCACUCUCUGCUAUGUAGCCCCAGAAUAUGGCGGUUGCGGGUAUCUACUGGAGAAUUCCGAUGUUUACAGCUUUGGAGUUCUGAUCCUUGUGAUUAUAUCCGGUAGAAGACCAUUGCAUGUUCUUUCCUCUCCAAUGAAGCUUGAGAGAGCUAACCUAAUAAGCUGGUGUCGGCAUCUAGCUCACGCCGGAAAUGUACUAGAGAUCAUUGAUGAAAAACUAAGAAGUGAUUACAACAAGGAACAAGCAAGCUUGUGUAUACACUUAGCCCUUGCUUGCCUGCAAAAAGUUCCCGAACUGCGGCCACAAAUAGGGGACAUUGUUAAGAUGUUGAAAGGGGAGAUGGAACUGCCAUCAUUGCCAUUUGAGUUUUCACCCUCUCCACCUUCAAAACUGUACAGCAGGUCAAGAAGAAGACUGAGAAGCAAUCCUGAAUGAGUUUUCUUGUUGAUGAGAUCUUAAAUCUUAAUUGUUCAUUGUUGUUUAACAUACAAGGGAGGAUGGAUCCAAUGAUCCAUGAUGUAAUCUCACAAAAGGCUAGCUUGCCAAUUGGUUUUAGCAUCAUUGUCUAAUCUGAGCUUUAAAUUUAUUCAAUGUAAAUAGCUGAAUUCCUGUUUGACCAAAAUUUACUAGUUGUUCCUUCAUUUUUUGUUUGAGAUUGCCCGCUUGUUUUGCUGAUUCUGGAGGUUUACUCAAAUUCCAAAGGGCCAUCAAGCUUCUAAGAACAGGACGAAAAAAUGAAUCUUCUUUUGUAACUCUAUGUUAUACAGCAUUUACAUCAGAUUAUCAGAAGGGAAAAAACUUUCAGUUGGCAUGAAAGUGAAAGUGAAAAGGGGAAGGAAAGUAAAGGUUUUGGAGUGAUAUCCUUCUUCUUCUUCUUACUUUUUUUUUUUUUAUUUUUUUAUUUUUGGCUUUCAUACAUGUUCAUAGG